GUGGAACCCCAGUUCAUUCCACCUUGUACAAAUUUAUUGGAAUAUGUUCAACAACCAUUUAUCAAACCAAUUGAAGUUCAUCUAAUCAAUUAUAAUCUUUACUUUAAGUCAAAGCUUGAUCCAGACAUUUUGGAUAAAUUUUUUUCUGUUAAAAAACUUAAAGCUCUUUAUCAUGAAAUGAAAAACUAUAAUGUUCCUUCUAUUGAUCAUUUAACUGAUGCUAAUAUGAAAGAAAACAAAACUCUGUUUGCUAUUUUUUCACCAAAGAGU